GUUUACGCAUUGUUCAACACCUUUAUGAUGUUUAGUUAGAAUUUGGAUUAAGACUGAUUAUAUAGAUACUUUAAAAAACAAACACAAGCAGUCACUGUAUUGUAUUCUUAUUUUACUUUUGAGACAUCAACUGUUGCAAGCAUUGACAGGAUGAGAGGAAUUGUUGCAUUUUACAUAACCUAUCUGAUGUGCGUGAUGUUGGGGAUUGCUUGUGUGGUAUUGGUAGCUCAUUGGAAUUAUAGCUAUCGAGGUGGAUUUGCGUGGGAUGGCUCAGCCAAGCACUUCAACUGGCACCCUGUAUUUAUGGUCACUGGCAUGGUGGUUCUUUAUGGGAAUGCGGCCGUAGUGUAUCGUAUUCCCCUGACGUGGGGUCAGAAUAAGCUACCAUGGAAGCUGUUACAUGCUGGACUUCUGCUUCUGUCCUUCAUUCUAUCUGUUAUCGGGCUUUGUGCAGUGUUUGACUACCACAACGCAAACCACACUCCCAACCUCUAUUCUCUUCACAGCUGGGUGGGGAUUUGUACCACUGCAAUUUUCACAGCACAGUGGGUAAUGGGUUUUACUGCAUUCCUUUUACCCUGCACCCCAAUGGCAGCACGGUCUCUUGUAAAGCCAACUCAUGUUUGGAUGGGAGGAAUUAUCUUGGUGUUAAGCAUUGUGUCCUGCAUCUCAGGGAUAAACGAGAAGCUCUUUUUUGCACUAAAAGAAAAUGCCAAUGAGACACUGCCUUAUUCCAAGUUACCACCAGAGGCAAUAUUGGCAAAUUCUUUAGGAAUCAUCAUUGUGGUGUUCGGAUUGGUUGUUUUGAAAAUCUUAUCCAAUCAGAUAUGGCAACGUCCUGAGCCAGGCUAUGAUGAGGGAGUUUACAGGCCCCUGGCAUAUGAUGGAAGGUGAUGCCUGGAAUUCGAAAACUGUAUUUUUGUGUAUUUGGACUAAUCUGCACUCUUCAGUAGCCCCUGGACCAUUUGUCUUAUUGCUUUGUACUGUUGGGACAGCAUUUACAUUUUUUGCUUUAUGUAUUAUUUCUUACAUUUUGUCAUGCUGCUGUUUUUGUUUGAAAUGUUGUGGGAAAUAAGGCAAAUUAUCAUAAACUGGUGUUUGCUAGAAGUUUGUGCUAAUAUUACUUGAAAAGUUAUACAAUAUGAUUUAAGAAUUUUGUGAAACAUUGUUUUGCGUUUGUGUUUAUAGCUAGUAGCAUAAUAGUAAAUGUAUCUUUAUACAAGUCAACGUCUAAGAGUGAAGGAAAAUAAGAUUAAUCUUUGUUCGUUAAACCGGUUCAAACCAGUUGGGAAGGGCGUUUGGCUCGGGACAAGUAACAUAAACGUCAACAUCAGCAAGCGACCAAUAGAAACCGAGGCAGUGUUGCGCCAAUCAAAACAUCGGGAAAGGCGUGGGGAAUUUGCAUACAAUCGCUGCCUAAACGAGUUGAUAAAAUUUGCUUUGCUUGGAAUUCAUUUUUUUGCGCUAAAACAUGUCAUGCCAGGACUGGUGCGUGCUGAAUAAGGUUCUGUGUGGUGCAACUUAAAUAAAAUGAUAAAAUUGUCCUGGAUAGUUAUGUCUAUCCUUCGACCUCUUUAUCUAUCUAUCCAAGAAACCGUAGAUGAAUGUUAUAUAUAUAUAUAACAAAACAACGCCAUUUGGGUUGAAGAAGGAACCGGUGAAACAAAAAUGCGUGUUAAAAUCCUUUUUCGCCUCCUCUUUUUGUAUUCUUACAUCACUGAGCCCCUCCCCUGCAGUGGGUGUGUGGCAAAUGGUUUCAACAAGGUCCGCUAUUAAUAUAUAUAUACACAUCUCGCUGUAUGUUACAGUCACGUUACUUGUGUUCUUUCAUAGAAAACUUAGCUAUCAUGUCUGGGCGAGGGAAAGGCGGAAAGGGUCUUGGAAAAGGUGGAGCCAAGCGUCACCGGAAAGUCUUGAGAGAUAAUAUUCAAGGAAUCACAAAACCAGCUAUUCGCCGUCUAGCGCGUCGUGGUGGUGUGAAACGCAUUUCUGGUCUCAUUUACGAGGAAACACGUGGUGUACUGAAAGUAUUCCUCGAGAAUGUCAUUCGUGACGCUGUUACCUACACCGAACAUGCCAAGCGCAAGACGGUGACCGCUAUGGACGUAGUCUACGCACUGAAGCGUCAAGGUCGUACGUUGUAUGGUUUUGGCGGUUAAAUUUCACCAGGACAGCUGAUUAAAAAAAAAGGCUCUUUUAAGAGCCACCCAAACAUUCUGUCAAAAGAGUAAUGUAUCAACGGUCAUGUGUAUAAAAAAAUAUAUUUGCAUAUAUAUCCCAUGUUAAUAUGCAGAGCUAGCUAUGAAUAUUUGAUUUAAUUCAAUAAACGUACAUUCCACCACUUUGCACAUAUUACAACUUGCACAUACGUCAUUCUGUUAUUUGUAUAUUGUUUUAUAUUGUCUAACUGUAAUCUUAAGCGUGCACUUGUUUCUCUUAUUACCAAAAAUAAAUAAAAAUCCAUGCGUACGUGAGAACACUUGGCAAUAAAGCUCAUUCUGAAUAAAUCAUGCUUAGAUUAAUUUACCGAAAUGUGUAAAUACCGUGGCUUUGGCGCUUUCAAAAUUUGGGCCGUUUGUUUGAGCCAGGGGUAGAGCCAAAGUGCAUUUCAAGUCAAGUCAUUCCUCUCGGCGGCCAUCUAUUUUCAAUGGAUACAACCACUAAUCUAUAUAUAUAUUGAAAUCUUGACCAAACAUUUAGGAGAUUUUAGUCUUUCC